AACCAAUACAAAACGGUUUGUCCCAUCAGAAACCCAAAAUAGAGAUAAUUUGUACAGCUCUUGCAGCCUAUAUGAACACGUAAAACAUCUCACAAGGAAGAGGAAGAUGUCGCCGGUGACAGAAGCAACCAAGGCAAAAGCAGAGGUUUAUUACGGGGACGAAACAUGCAGGGAGAAGUUCACGUUGUUGUUGGCGGAAAUGGGUUUGCCGAAUAGUCUGCUCACGGUGGAGGACAUAGAAGAGUGCGGGUAUGUGAAGGACACGGGGUUUGUAUGGCUCCGGCACAAGAAGAGGAGGGAAUACUACAAGUUUGAGGAUACAAUCAUCAGCUAUGAUGCUGUGAUCACAGCUUACUUUCAGCCUAACAAGAUUAAGAACCUGACGGGAGUCAAAGCCAGGGAGUUCAUGAUUUGGAUCAAUUUGACUGAGAUUUGUGUGGAGGAAGAGCAUGAUUCUCAAUCUGGGUUCAUCACGUUCAAGACACUUGUUGGUUUGUCCAGGUCUUUUCCACUGUCUUUGUUCGGAGCUCGGACCUCGGAUUUCCAGGAUGAAGUUGAUGGAUCGAAGGAGGAAAACUGGUGCAGAUCAGGGAAUUAAAGAUGUAAAUGAUGGACAAUUAUUUUCAUUUGUUUCAUUUCUUGUGUUUUUUUUUCCUGAUCCUGUAAACGUGAAAAUUUUUCUGAAAUCAAAGGAUAUCCAUUUG